GCCGCUGCCCCCGCCCCUUCCGCCGACGUGAGAAGGCGAGGGCCGGCCGGGCCGGGCACGAAGGAUGCUCAGGUCCCUCUGGAGUUUCCUCAAGCGGCACAAGAAGAAAUGUCUCGUCCUCGGCACCUUCCUUGGCGGCGUCUAUUUACUGGGAAAAUAUGGGCAGAAGAAAAUCAGAGAAAUCCAGGAGCGGGAGGCAGCUGAAUACAUCGCCCAAGCACGAAGGCAGUACCAUUUUGAAAGUAAUCAGAGGACGUGCAAUAUGACAGUGCUGUCAAUGCUUCCAACACUGAGGGAUGCCUUAAUGCAUCAAUUAAAUUCUGAGAAUCUCACAUCUCUUCUUAAAAAUAGGCCAGCAAACAAGUUAGAAAUAUGGGAGGAUUUAAAGAUAAUAAGUUUCACAAGAAGCAUUGUAGCUGUAUAUAGUACCUGUAUGCUCGUAGUUCUUUUGAGAGUCCAGUUAAAUAUUAUUGGUGGUUACAUCUACCUAGAUAAUGCUGCACUCUGCAAAAAUGGCACAACACCACUGGCUCCCCCUGAAGUUCAGCAGCAAUAUUUAUCAAGUAUUCAGCACCUUUUAGGGGAUGGACUGACUGAGUUGAUAACUAUUGUUAAGCAAGCUGUGCACAAAGUUUUUGGAAGUAUUUCCCUUAAGCACACCCUAUCUCUUCUGGAGCUGGAACAGAAACUUAAAGAUAUCAGGAAUGUAGUAGAACAUAAAGAUUCAGAUCACACUGCACCUUACUCUCCCUUAUGUCAUUAUCUGAUGCCAGAUGAAGAAACCCCCUUGGCUACACAGGCCUGUGGACUCACAGAAAGAGACGUUGCUACAAUUAAAUUGCUUAAUGAAACUAGAGAUAUGUUAGAAAGUCCAGACUUCAGUACAGUUUUGAGCACGUGUUUAAACAGAGGAUUCAGUCGAUUGCUGGACAAUAUGGCAGAGUUUUUUAGACCUACUGAACAGGACCUUUCUCAGAGCAGCUCUGUAAAUAGUCUUUCUAGUGUCAGUCUUCCUUUAGCCAAGAUAAUUCCAAUCAUCAAUGGACAGAUCCAUUCAGUAUGCAGUGAAACACCCAGUCACUUUGUUCAGGACCUGUUGAUGAUGGAACAAGUGAAAGAUUUUGCUGCUAAUGUUUAUGAAGCUUUUAGUACCCCGCAGCAACUAGAGAAAUGAACUGCACACUCAUAGGGAGAGAUUGUGUGUGUAUAUAUAAUAAAUCCCUUGUGACUACU